UUUGAAGUUAAACAUACAAUUAUUUAUCGAAACAUAUUUUUGGUGAACUGACAAGUGUUUCUAUGAAUUGAUAAAUAUUUGUCAUGCAGCCCGUGCCACAUAUAUUAUUUCAUAAUUAAAUGUAAAACAUUAAUUAUCAUUUUAUGCAAAUAUUUUACAUAUAUAUUGACAUUCAAGAUUUGAAACAGAUUAUCAGUAACCCGUUAUGAUGCUACGCAUUAUCUUGUUAUUCACGAACUAAGUACUGAGAAAAUUAUAUACAUAUAUGUAUAUUCAUAGUAUGGAAUAUCUGUAAAAGAUUUCCAGGUAAAAGUUUGACCUAAGAAGUUUAUCAAAAAUCGGUGACACAUGUCAACAAUCGUUUAAAUUUUGCAAUUAAAAUAUAAUUCGUGAUAUAAACAUCCUUUUUAAGUUUUAACAUAAAAAUGUUGCAUACAGAAUUAUAUGAUUGUCGAAUUUCUUACUAGUAUUGCUUAUUUCUUAUUUACAUUUCAGUAGCUGACCGAUUGUUAUCAUAAUAAUAUUUAAUUAUUUCUGGUUAAGAUUACAAAAUUCAUUAUUAAUAAAUGAAUAUCGAUUAAUCUCAAUUAUAUUUUUAUGUGAAAUCAUUAUUUUGCUUGAGAAUACGAUGUACAUCAAGAUCUUAUAUUCAAUAUACAUACGAGAUUAGAAUAAUUUUUUACGAGAUGUGCAAUGAUUCAAUUUUAAGUUCGGGAAAUGCAAAUCAGUGAAUAUCGCAUAGGUCAUGCUGACAUGGCAUACGAACCGUAUAUAAGUCCAUUUAAUAGGAGGAAGCUCUCAUUUUCCACUCGACGUUAUCCACGUAUAUCAUGUGGUCCUUUGUAACUUUUCUACUAAUCAUUGGAACGGCGACAACUGAGCACAACAAUGCUUGGAAAACAGGAAAUGAAUAUCACUUUCUUAUUCGAAGUCGGACAUUGGCGGUCUUAGACAAGCUAGCUGAUCAGUUUUCUGGGAUUUUGAUGAAAGGUGAUAUCACCGUUCAAGUAAAAUCGACAGACACACUACAGGCUGUGGUUUCUAACACGCAGUAUGCUCCCGUGCACAAAGUAUUGCCGGAAGGUUGGGAGUCUGAGAUCACCGACCUUGAGUAUCGAGAGCUUUCCCUGUCGAGAAAGCCCUUCGAGAUCAAGCUUCAAAAUGGAUUAAUUCAAGAUGUAUUGAUCGAUCAAGAGGUAUCUGCUUGGGAGGUGAAUUUGCUGAAGAGUUUCCUGAGUCAACUGCAGAUUGACACGCAAGGCGAGAAUGUGAUAGCAAGCAGGGACACACAAAUGCCUGACGACAGCCGGCCCUACGGUACAUUUAAAGUCAUGGAAGACUCUGUCGGUGGCAAAUGUGAGGUUCGUUAUAAUAUUACGCCGUUGCCUGAAAAUGUUCUCUCCGAGAACCCAGAAUUAGUACCCUUGCCAAAUCUUCACAAGGAUGGUCAUCAUAUCGAUGUCAUGAAGACGAAGAAUUACACUACAUGCGAGCAGCAAAUGGCGUAUCAUUCUGGUAUCGUUGGUAAGGUGAAAUGGAAACCAGGAUCCAACGAUGGUUCUCUCUCGAGAUUAUCUACGAGCCGCAUUAUCAUUUCGGGCAACCUAAAACGUUUUACUAUUCAAUCGUCCGUGACGACAAACAAGAUACUCAUCAGCUCUAAAAUUGACGAUACAUACGCUAGCGCUGUCUAUAGUAGGGUAAACUUAACUUUGGACAGAAUGAGCACAGUCUCCGAUCUCAUGCCAGUGUCCAACAAUCUCAUGUCAACCGGAAAUUUAGUAUAUCUUUACAACAGUCCAUUUUCUAAUCAGCACAGACCGCAUCGUCCAAUUGACAUUUUAAGCUCUUUGGCAGCUCGAACGUCCGAGAGACACGUUUCUAACAGGUCUAGCGAAAAAAGCCACGGCGACGAUGACGGUAGGAGCAACUCAAACAGCGAAGAACGCGAUUACUUUCAACCUAAACCAAACUUAAGCGACGCUCCAGAAAGUCCGAUAUUACCUUAUUUUGUCGGAUACAAAGGCAACAGCAUUCUUAAAUCCGAAAAAAAUUUUACUGCAAUAGCAUGCAAUUUAAUCGGUUGGAUAACCGAGAAAAUCGCAUCCUACGGUGCUUUCAUGUGGGCCCCGUCAAUUCUAGAGACGGACCUUCCAGAGAAAUAUAUAGUUCUGGUUAGAUUGAUGCGUACCAUGAAUGUUGCGCAAAUAACUGAGAUAGAGGAAACACUGUCCGAAUUAAUGGCCCGUGACUCAUCUCACUAUGAACACAAGAAACUUCUCCACGAAACUGCAUGGGAUAUCUUACGCAACGCCAUUGCACACAUCGGAACUGGACCAGCUCUUAUCACCAUAAAAAGUUGGAUACAAAACAAGAAAAUUGAGGGAAUGCAAGCGGCAAAUAUUAUUUCUCGAAUUCCCAAAGCAGCACUCACGCCUACAGCAGAAUAUGUCAGAGCGUUUUUCGAAUUAAUUAUGGAUGAACAAGUAAAGAAACAGAGAUUUUUGAAUACGACUGCACCUGUGGCAUUUGCCGAAUUGAUCCAUAACACCCAUAGCAAUAUGGCAACCCGCUACUAUCCGGUCUACAGUUUCGGUCGUAUGGUUCCCAAAAAUGACAGAGCGCUUGUUGAAACUUAUAUUCCGUACAUGGCCACUCAAUUGAAAGAAGCUAUCGGAGAAGGCGACAAUCCUCGAAUUCAAACGUACAUUAUGGCAUUGGGUGGUUUUGGUCACCCGAAAAUACUCUCAAUUUUCGAACCGUAUCUGGAGGGCAGCUUGCGGAUAUCGAAGUUCCAACGUUUGAUGAUGGUCAUCUCGUUAAACAGAUUAGGCGAAAACUAUCCGAGUCUCGUCAGAUCUGUUGCCGAAAAGAUCUAUAUAAACACGAUGGAAGCCUAUGAAUUACGUUGCGCAGCUGUCUACGUCAUAAUGAACACCAAUCCACCUCUGAGCCUACUGCAACGAAUGGCAGAAUUCACUCAUGAAGAUCAAGACAACCAAGUAAAUUCUGCUGUCACGACUAGCAUAGAGGGCCUCGCUAAUUCGAAGGAACCGGAGUUGCAAGAACUCGCUAACAAGGCGCGUAUCGCAAGGAAGCUGUUGAAACCUUCCACUUACACUGAAAAUUAUUCGCAAAAUAUCCUUCACGAGAUAACUGUCGCCUCCUUAAAUAUUGCUCAAACAUCUUUUAUGAGAACGAUUGCUAGCGACGACAGUGUAAUGCCAAAAGCUUCAUAUUUUCGUGUACAACCAUCUUUCGGUGGUUUUACUUUCCCUUCCGGAAAAGUAUCAUAUGCUAUAUCGAACAUGAGAGGACUGCUAGAUAUGUGGUACCAGAUGCCCUGGAUGAAGCGAGAUAACGUCGAAAAGGAAUUGAUUAUUAAAGACACUAUCGACAAGCUUGGCAUUAUACCCGAAGAGCCAGAACAGAUCGAAUGGUAUAUGCUCGCAGAUUCCUUAUUUUCAAGACAAUUCUAUGCCUUCGACAAUCAUACGUUUGACGAUAUCGCCAAUAUGUUCACAAGGUACAUUGACUCGUCGAAGUCAUCCCGAAAUUUUGAAUCUAGAAACUUGAAUAAUCUAUACUACUACGACAUGACGCUGGGAUUCCCAACUGAAAGCGGCCUGCCGUUUGUUUACACAUUAACAUUAUCACAAGUCUCACAAAUUGGUGGUGCAGAAUCUCACGCAAUGAGAAACUCAUCUACUGGGGACUCUUUGGACUUAACAGUGGUGGGCCACAUGCUAAAUAGCGCAAAGCUCCAAAGCAGAAUUGGCUUCGUUGCUCCUUUCGAGCACAGACAUUAUAUUGCUGGUAUCGACGUCAACGCAGAGUACUAUGUACCAGCUGGUUUACGUUACACUAGAGAAGGAAAGAAAAUUGUUCUGCAGAUACAGCCCGAAGAUUAUCAAUAUAUCGGUACCGGGCAUGGGAUGAUUUACUACAGCGUUGUCCCUUAUACCGCAAGACACGACAUUCUUUCUUUUAGCAAUGUUCCCAGCAAUGACAAACUCGUGGUGAAUACGAAGAAACCACAUGAAGUAGGACUUGUGCUAGACGCUUUAAUGUCUGUAGAAUGUGUGAUGAAAAGUGAUCAUAUAAACGAAGAAGCCUCGAAGAAAACAGGACUUUCGGCUGCCAUAGAGAUUGCUGAUGUGUUUCGUAAAGGUGGCGCUUAUUACAGAAGAUUUCUCGCAAUGUUCGUUCUCCCGACUUCACAAGUAAAUAUAACUUUCGACACUUUUCGACACACGACGUACGACGUCGACGCUAAUGUGGAGGCAGUAAUUCCUGCAAUAGUGGACAAACAGCCGGAAAGCGAGGUGAGAAGACAGCAAUUACUGGAUGAAGUCAACAAAGAUGUCGAUGCUGCCGUCAGUUAUGUCUAUGACAUAAGUAUUCUUACGAGUGAGCGUAUUAAUUACGUUUUCACCCUCGCUUUGGCAAACAACCGUGCGAAUAAUAAAUUUCAGACCCUUUUAUAUUGGAAUGCACAAGAUCCACGGAGCGGAAAAGUCUCCCAGGAGUUUUGUGCUAUUGGAAACACAAAGUCAUCACAGAUAACACCUCUAAGUUUUAACAAAGCUAUUGAGAAGAUUCCGACGAAUGAAUUUAAAAUUGAGGUACGACUUGGAAACUGCACGGACGGAGAAACAAUCAGACUGAAAGGAAGUUUGACUCGUUCUGGUGAUUUCAAGGAGAGGGCAAUGAAAUCUGAGGUAUUCAAAAAGUGUCAGGAGGAGAUAAAACAAAGCAAUGUUUGGCUGCCAAUUUGUCAAGAUGCUAGCGAGUUAAUCAGACAGAAAGAUCAUCUGACGAUGUCAAUAGACUCAGAGCGUUUCUAUGUUGAUGCCAACAGUUUUAUGCUUAACAUUAAGAGAAUUUUGAACAAAGAUUUGGAGGCUUCCUCAAAUACGGGACUUACGGAAAAAAACACUAUCGAUGUGGACAUAAAAGUACUGUCCGAUAAUGAUACGAUAAUUUCUUUGCGCACCGCGGACUUGGGCGUCACGUUCUCUCUGCUAGACGUUUGGGAGCAAAAACUGAAUACUUUAAGUAUUAUGAAUGCACUUUUCAGAGAAGACCCAGAAGGACCUGCGUGCGUUCUCGACAAAACUCAAGUUGUUACUUUUGACGAGAAGAUCUAUCCUGUGAAAUUAGGGAACUGUUGGCACGUGUUAAUGACCACUUAUCCAAAACGGGAUCCUAAUAAUCCCAAAGAAACUUUGAGUAUCCCGAAAUAUAUGAGUACGAUAGUCAUGGCACGAGAAAUGGAUGAUGGCAGUAAAGACAUCCUAAUUAUCUUCGGUGAUCACAAAAUUCAUCUGCAUAAAUGGGGCAAUAGUUUCGCAGGAAUGUUUGACGACCAAAUAAUUCGUUUCGCAAGCAGUAACUCUUCAGGUCAUGAGAGCUUUCGAGAAAAUACCUUCGAAGUCUAUCGACUAGACGAUAUGAUCGCAGUUUUAUCACUUGAAUAUGGAAUAUACGCUGUGUUUGAUGGAGAACGUCUCCUGCUACGUCCAUCCCACCGAUAUCUCAGUGCAGUACGUGGUCUAUGCGGCAACUACGACAGGCGAUCCGACAACGAUUUUAUUACCCCUAAGAAUUGCAUCUUGAAGAAGCCUGAAGAAUUUGCUGCCACAUAUGCCCUGACUCAGAAAAGCUGCGACGGACCCGCUGUGCAGAACAAACGAAGAGCCGAACAAUCUACGUGUGUUCCGAGGUCGUAUAAACCGAGCGAUGGCAUCAGUGACAUAGAAGCGGGAAGAUCUGCUUCGAGGAAUGGAAGAUGGGGCUAUCAUUAAGAUAACCAAUACAUUUCAAGGAAAUUAUUACAUUGAUGAUUAUCUUGUUUCAUUUAAUAAAAUCUCAAGAGUUGCAAGCAUA